CUUUGUGAUUGACUGCGUGUCAGCGGCUUUGUUACUCCAGAUAUCACCCUCGCCGGGACAUAUCAAGGACAUUAAUUUAUUCUCGACUCAUGAGGCAUUACAGUACUACGCCAUGUGAGAAAUUUCACUUCUUAUUCUCUUCUGUGUUAUCUCCAUUGCAAUCAUUUGCAAAAUCGUGGGCCAUCAGUCACCAAUACAGGAUCUCGGGGCAGGGAGUAACGGACGCGCUCAUUGGCCGGGAGCGCCGUCCACACGGGCCUGUUUAAUAAUAGAACCAAUGGCGGCGCUCCGUGGCGGCGGGUGGAUUUACCUCCCCACCCACCACUGCGCACUCACUAAUUAUUACACUAUUUCCUUCCCAGACCUUAUGCAACCAUAAAUGUUGUAUUUUUUAUCAUCAAAAUUAUAAAAUAAAAUAAAUAUCAAUCCACAAAGGGAAUAUUUAAGAGAGAAAGAAAAAAAGGGGCCAAGGUUUGGGAGAGGAACAGCAGCAGCAGGAUGUAAACAAAACAUUGGAACAGCUGAGCCUGAGCGAGCAGCUACUCCUCCUCCUGCUCCGCAACAAAACACCACUUGCAUCACUGUAGGACUCGUGCAUUGUCUUUCCUUGCCAUCACAGUGAAGGAAGCCACCAUGAACGCCCAAGUCAAACCAUUUAGGGAGAGAAGGAGUUUUGCCCAGAGGCAGCGUGACGUGGAACAGAUCCGGGAGCAGCACCCGAACAAAGUGCCGGUGAUCAUUGAGCGUUACCCCGGCGAGCGCCACCUGCCGCUGCUGGACAAGACAAAGUUCCUGGUGCCAGACCAUGUCACAAUGGGAGAGCUUGUCAAGAUCAUCAGGCGCCGCCUCCAGCUGCACCCGACUCAGGCCUUCUUUCUGCUGAUCAACCAGCGCUCCCUGGCCAAUGUGUCCAGCACCCUUGCCCAGGUAUACGAGCACCACCAUCAUGAGGAUGGCUUCCUGUACAUGGUGUAUGCAUCCCAGGAGGUGUUUGGAUAAUGUAAUCCACCACUGCCCUGCCCCUCCCUGUUCCACUCUGCUUUGCUGAGGAUCUCUCUGGAGCAGUGGCCUGGCUGGGGCAUCCUUCUGUGGCACCCCUGUUGGUCCUUUAGGGAGUCGUGGCUGACUGGCACUGGAGUGAGGCAAGAUGGGUCUGAGCCUAAGACUGAGUUAGAUGUUUCUUGAGAAUUCUGUGGCUGAACUAGAAACUUUACUGGUAUUUCAAAAAUAUUCAAUCAAAAACUAAGUUACAGCCAUUUUAUUCUUAAUUUCAGUCAUUAUGUUUAAGAUUUAUCCAAGCUUAUACUUUGAAAUUUUGUUUCCUCUGUAUACCUUAAUGUUUUCUUACGGUUUGGAUUUCAUACCCUUAAAAAUGUAAUAUUUUUGCACUUAUUGAUGAAGGUAGUUCUUCUUCCUCAUCAGUGGGAAAAGCUUGACAGCACCACCUUCCUACUCCAGGAGUCUCAGCAAACUUGUAAGAGUUUGUACAUUCAAAGGACACCAAAUUUGACACACCAUAAUUAGACUCAUCACUGCUGACAUUAGUCUUUCAUUGCAUUCAUGACUGCAUUUUUCAGCUGCUUUCUUCAUUUCAUGUAAAAUAUUUUUAUAUAAUUGGCCUAGUCUCCUCCAUUGUAGUGAUUUUAAUGAGAUAGUUAUGGAAGGUUAAUAAUAUAUUCUUUUUAGUAGCCUUGUAUUUAUUGUUUGUUACUAGUGAGAUGUGGAGGAACUUUGAUAGGAAUAUGUCAAGGUAUUCUCUUGGUUGCCUUCCAAACAGUCCCACCUGCUUGAUACGGGUCAUAGCUUCGCAUCAAGAGAAAUUUAACACAUCUGCAACAUUUACAUCAUGACUCAGCCAAGUUUAGGGACCACACCUGAGAGUGGCAUUGCAUUGGGGUGCAGGAUUUUAGACACGAGGAAAUAGGAUGUGCAGGACUCCCAGGGAAUCAGGGCAGUGCACGGCACAGAUAUUAUUAGUUAUCCUCCUAUUAUUCACAGGACUGACAUACACCAUUAUGUAAUAUAAGCCUCAUUUUCCCACAAGGUGUCUGAGGAAGGUGUCAGUAGAGUAGUCUGUGUAACCAGUGUGGUGGGCAGCACAGUAUGCUGUCUCCCACCACCAGCAUAUGCUAUGUUUAAGGAGCAUCACGUAGCGAGGCAGGGCAGCUGGCAGUCUGUUCCGUAUAUAACUAAGAUGUCUGCCUUGUCUCUUAAAAGUAAUAUAAUGGACUCUGUGUGUGCAAGUUACUAUUCCAAAACUAUUUUAUUACUUAUAAUGAAAAUUGUUUGAUAAACUUUUCCUACUAGUUACCAAGUGAUUUAGACUUGUUUUGUAUUAGAUUAGAAACUCAAGAAGAAAUUCCUAUGAAUUCUUGUACUUAGUAUAUAAUGGUUUUAUGGUUUACUGCUAUAUCAAAUUGUUCUGAAAAAAAUGUGCAUGUGUCAAGAAAAUUAUUUGGGCAUUUUGACAGCGAAGACAUUAAAUUAUUACUGUAUCAAUCCCAAAUUGUGAGUUAGAUUCUAGCAGAGCACUGUACAGUUAUUGUAGUGGGGAGUCAUCUCAGCAGGGGUCACGUGUAGUUUGGUAUCAUGUUGGGGUCAUGCAAAGCAGGCUUUGUUGUGUUCAGUUUAUCACGUUUGCCUUUUAGCGCAGACAGGACUUUCAGCCCAGACCAGUCUUAUGAUGAGCACUGCUGGUGCACACUGCUGGCUCUGUAUGGAUUGGAUUCUCAGUCACUGAACAUCCAGUACUAAUUGAAAUGUAUCUCUAUGUAAUUUUUGUUAAUUUCUUGCAACCAGUGAAAAACCAUGGUGUGUUUGUAUUCAUGUUCAUUUAUGUGAUGAUAAAACAAUAGCUUGUAACCUGGCAAACCUUUAAAGUAAAAUUCAUAUAUUCAUAUAAACUUGGCUGCUUGGUCUUCCAACCAGCCUGUAGCAAUGAACACCUGACCUGUCAGCUAUCAGGCGGCUCCCAUAUUACCAUUUUGAUUCUGAACAGCAAGAUUUUGAAGAACUCAGCAGUGUGUUGAGCUCAACCAAACAGGACAUCUGGUGUUGUCAGCACAGUACAAGUAGUAGUAGGGCAGUGCAGCACUAUCAUGUAUAUGGGUGUGUAGACUUCGAUACAUCCACUUGAAAAUAAUGUACUAAUGAUAGAACUUGUUCUAACUAGGAACUUUACAUAUAUUCUUAGCAUUGAGCCUUUGUAUGCAUAUUUUUAGCUUUACUUCAUAGUGCAGGAUGGCUACAAGUUAUUACUACACCUAAUAUCAGAAUGUCAACAAGGUCUGAACCUCGAGGAGUGAUUAAGAGGCAGCACCAUUCCAUAGGACUGCCAGGAUUUAAGCAUCACAGAAGGUGCAUUUCUAGCACUCAGACCUUUCACUGUGUUUUGAAUAACUUGCAAUUAAAAGUUGUAGAUAAGACUCAUUAGACUACAUGUGCUUCAGAGGUUUGUGGCGAGUUUCUAUGAACAAUUGUCUCAACCAUAGGUUCUUCGUUUAGCUUUAGUUUUGUACCUACCCACCUUGUUCUGGGAGGGACUGCAGUGUGAUGGUGAUGUAGUGCAGUGCAAUAAUGUAGACAUGCUGGGAGUGCUUCCACCUCCCCCACCAACCUCUAAUUAACUUUAAGAAGGAUGGCCAGAAAGCCCUGCUGUUAAAACUUGAUGUGCUUCAGUAUUGUUAAAACUGAAGAGCAUUUCUCUUCCAGUAUGAUAAAAGUCAGGAACUAAUGUGUAGCCUUCACAUAACUGGUAUCUGUACUUCAGUGAUUGCCCAUGUGAGUGUCUAGGAUGCAUCCAAAUGAAAGGUUGCUUCCUGCCUCCUUUAGCCAGCUUAAAUUUGUGUAGCUUCCCACCUCUCUUGCUGGUGUGAUGUUAAGACAAAUAUUUGUACAUGCAGCCUUGUGUAUUCUCUGUCCACACCUGGGAUUUACAGGUGUAUCAGUGUGACAGGCUUUGUAGAGCCAGCCAUAUAAUUCAAGCUAGAGUUGAAUUAGCAUGAAUUAGACUCUUCACUCUCCAUGUUUAAGGCUUGUUAGGACACCCAUAAAUGAUAAUCAGUCUUCAAGGCUGCUGUUCCCCUGACUGAUAUACCUUAUCUGCUGUCUGAACAUUGUUUGUUGGAAAAGGUUUGUUUAAGAGUGAAGCAAAUUUAAAUAGAUGUGGUAUUCUCUUUCAUUCUAGUUGAUCAGAAUAUCAAAUACAAAAAUUGCAGUGUCAUGCCUUCAGCUUUACCUACAUCCUGGCCUGAAGGGUGGCGGCCACCUCACCCAUCACACUGCCUGGCUGGAGACAGCGACUCUGCAUCACUUGUAAUGGCAGCAUCCUUUUGAAAUCAUUACAAGUUGACCAGAAAUAAUUCCAAGCUAAUCAUCAUUUGUAAAUUACCUUGACAGCGACUUACCAGCCAAGUUUGCUGUAGUCAAAUUCCUUUACCAUUCCUAUGGUUGCUCUUUGUGGAGUCACCAGUCACUGCCACAUGGAUUCCUUUCAUAGUUAGUGGGAAGUAAAUGUAUGGAACAAAUAGUUACAUCUCUUGGAAUUUCUUCACAUUAUCUGUUUGAUACAGCUAGUGGGAGGUGAGCAGAAUGUGUCUUAGUUAAACCUACAAUUGACAAAUAAGUUUUAUAAGUAAAUAUCCUGAAACACUGGUUGUUGGGGCAGAGGUGACUUGCCUGUAUCUAGUCUUAAGGAAAUUGUUCAUUGAACUGGUAAAGCAGUCCUUGGAUCUCAAGAUUAUAAGACUACUGACUGGAUGUAUAUUUGGCUGACCUAAUGUAGGAAAAAAAUAUCAUGACUAACAGGAAACUCAUGUGUUUGACUGUUGGAUUUAUAUUGGUAGUUAAGUUUUAAAUUGAAUGGAUUUUGCUAGUGUAAAUUACCAUACUAGAAGUGUUUAUUUGGGCUUUCAUAUUCAGUGUUAAGAAAACUUUGCUGUAUAUAUAAUCCCAUUAUCCCAUCCCUUCAACAGAAAUAUAUGUUUUUAUACAUUACA